UUUUUUUUUUUCUUUCUCCUUUAUUCAUAAUACUAUUUUUAAAGUUUCUUUUGUUUUAUUUUCGUUUUCGUUUUUUUUUUUUAAUUUAUUAAUCUCGAUUUAUAAAGAUGAAUUCAUCUAGUAGUCAUUCAGCAGAUCCUGAACUUUAUUAUAUCAAGCAAGAACGUAUAGGUAAAGGAUCUUUUGGUGAAGUAUUUAAAGGACUCGAAAGACGUACAAACAAACCUGUUGCUAUCAAAAUUAUUGACCUUGAAAGUGCAGAAGAUGAAAUUGAUGAUAUUCAACAAGAAAUAGCUAUUCUAUCUCAACUAGAUUCACCUUAUGUAACAAAAUAUCAUGGAUCAUAUCUAAAAGGUACUGGAUUAUGGAUUAUUAUGGAAUAUUGUUCAGGAGGAUCAUGUAGUGAUUUAAUGAAAAUGGGAACAAUUAGAGAAGAAUAUAUUGCCAUUAUUUUGAAAGAACUAUUAAAGGGAUUAGAUUAUCUUCACAAUGAAGGGAAAUUACAUAGAGAUAUUAAAGCUGCUAAUAUUUUAUUAAGUUCAAAUGGUGAAGUUAAAUUAGCCGAUUUUGGUGUAUCAGGACAAAUUACUGCAACUUUAACAAAAAAAAAUACAUUUGUUGGUACGCCCUUUUGGAUGGCACCAGAAGUAAUUAAACAAUCAGGCUACGAUUAUAAAGCAGAUAUUUGGUCACUUGGAAUUACAGCUAUAGAGCUUGCAAAUGGAGAGCCACCUUAUGCAAAGAUGCAUCCUAUGAAGGUUUUAUUUCAUAUACCCAAAAAUGACCCACCUACUUUAGGUCCUCCUCAUAGUAAAGCCUUCCGUGAUUUUGUUAGUUUAUGUUUACAAACUCGGCCUUCUGAUAGACCUACGGCGAAGGAACUUUUAAAGCAUAAAUUUAUUAGGAAUAGUAAAAAAGUGGCUUAUUUGACAGAAUUAAUUGAAGGUCAUGAACGUUGGAUUAGUGCAAAUGGACGUGAAAUAGAAUCUUCAGAUGAAGAACCAGCGGUUGAUACGAAUGAUGAUGAUUCAUGGGAUUUUGGUACUGUUAAGCAAGCUCCUUUACCACAAGUAACUAAGCCCAUCAUUUACAAUAAUAUAUCAAAUCAAUAUUCAAAGAAUCAUAUACCAUCAGUACCACAGCUACAACAGCAACAACAGCAAUCAUUACUUCCAAAUGUUUCUAGUAGAACACAGCUUAAUCAACAAUAUAGAGUUAAUGAAGUAACUACAAUGAUGCAAAACACAGGACUUAGAUAUAGUUCAGCAAGUGAAUAUGAAGAUUUCAAUCAAAAUACAGUACGUGCAACAUCAGAAACAGAGCAUUAUUUAAGAUCCUCUAGCAAACGAAACAGUAUGAUUCAAUCAAUGGGUAAUAAUAAUCCACUUCCACCAUUACCUAAUAAAUCACCUUCAACAAGAAGCGUUAAUACAGUAGUAUCAAGUAGACAAUACGAUACAGCAUUUCUAGAAACUAUUCUACCUUUACUAAAUAAUCUUCAGAAAAAUUGUAAAAAUCAUAAAAGUUUAGCAGCUGUAGAGUCAUUGCAAAAAUCUUUAGUAUCAGUUGAAAGAGAACUACCGGGUACAGUGAAAGCGCUUUUUCAGGAAGCUUCUCAUCUAUUAUAAAAAAAAAAAAAAAAAAAAAAA